AAAUGAUGGCAAGAUUUACUGCAGCUACAGAGCCAUCGUACAUUCAAAUGCUCUUCUUGCAAGAUAUGAACUAGAAGGAAACAAAGACGACUUGUUGUCUGCAGAAGCCAUACUCUCGAAGGUCGAACCACAAUGCCCCUUCACAUGGCUCCCAAGUCUUCGGCAUUGUCGGGCGAAGGUCCGUCAUGCGAUAGCGGUUUGUGGGAAUAAUACAUCAGCAUUGCACGAUGCGAUUUCGCUGCAAAGAGGUGUCAAUAUACCAAUGCGACAUCAAAAUCUUGCAAGAUGGCAUUCAAUCUCUUCGCGAUGCCGUAUCCAUCGUACCAUCCGUUGCUCCACAAUUGGCAGACCAUAUAAUGUCGCUGGCAGCGUCCCUAGAGGUGUAUUAUGCAGAUGCCGAACAGGAUCCCAGCGUUGUAUCGGAAGCAAUGAACUUGUACCGCAGCGCAGCUGCUUCACCCUCCGCGCCGAUCAAAAUAAAAUAUAACGCUGCUACUGGAUGGGCUCGCACGGCGACAUUUUGCGACAAUCCUUAUGCUUUGGACGCAUACGAGACUGCUAUAGGAAUACUCCCCCAAUUUGCAUCACUAGCACUCGAUGUUCUCGAUCGCCAUAAAGCUAUUUCGCGACUAGCCGCUGGAAUUGCAUCAGAUGCAGCUGCCUGUGCUAUCCAUCUCAAACAGAAUGCCAAAGCAGUCGAAUAUCUGGAACAAGGACGGUCCGUUUUCUGGCGGCAGUCCAUGCAACUCAGAACCCCUAUGACAGAGCUUGCUGAAAGGGAUCCGGACUUGGCAGAUCGUCUGAUGGAGUUAGCUUGUGAUCUUAACCUAAGCAGUUUUCGCACACGGCAAAGCGGUCACUCGAAAGCUCGCUCAGAAUUCAUAGCUCGAGAAGGUUCGAAGCGGCGAGCUCUUGCACUCGAGUGGGACGAGAAAAUUGCUGCAGCUCGUACUAUGGAGGGAUAUGAAAAGUUUCUCCAUUCCCCAUCAUACACACAGCUAGCUCAAGCAAUGAAACAUGGAAUCAUAGUGCUUCUCAGUGCUACCGCUUCAACCUGCCAUGCCAUUAUUCUCACAAGUGACCAGUCCGAAGCGCGCAUUCUGCCGAUUCCAGCUUUCACCGAUGUACUAGCGAGAACAUUGGCUGCAAAUUUACACGAGAUCCUGAAACGAGCGAAUGGGAGGUCUCGUCAAGUUGAUGACCAACGCCUAAGCGGAGUUGCGCGGCAUUUCCAGAGUGAUAGAGAUAGGGCUGCAUCCCACUUCAAUCGCCUCCUAGAGGUCCUAUGGAAGAAUCUGAUCAAACUGAUUGUCGAAUUUCUCGGGCUCCAGACUGUUCCCAAACUUCCUCGCCUUAUCUGGUGCUGUACAGGGUCUCUGGCGCUGUUGCCCAUUCAUGCUGCGGGAAUCUAUUCAGGGUCUAACCUUGUCAGUAUCUCCGAUUUCGUCAUCUCCUCUUAUACACCAACAAUCUCCAACAUCACUUCAGAGAAUGCACACUUUGAUAUUGUGGAGCAAGGCGUGAAAGUGCUUUUAACAGGCCAGACAUACACACCAAAUCUUCCCGCCCUUCCCAAUGUCACCGUCGAGUUUGAAAAGAUCACUGCUGUUCUACAAUCUUCUGGCUCCAACGCUGUCUGUACCCAGCUCACGGGUGAUCAUGCGACCCGUAAUGGCGUCCUUGAGGUCCUUCAGGAAUCUCAUAUUGCUCAUUUUGCAUGUCACGGUUUGACAUCUACCGAUCCGCUCAGCAGUGCUAUUGUCCUCAACGAUGGAGAUUUGACAGUGGAUCGGCUGAUGCGUACCCCUCUCACGAAUGCGAGGCUCGUCUUUCUUAGCGCAUGUCAAACUGCUCAGCUGAAUCCUUCGGAACCAGAUGAGUCUAUCCAUAUAGCCGCUGCGAUGCUCUUCGCGGGCUUCAAUGGUGUUGUUGCGACAAUGUGGGCCAUCAGUGACGCAGACGCCCCGAAGUUGGCUGAGGAAUUUUACCGGCAACUGUUUCAAAGUGGAUCGGUGGACUUCAAUGAUACCGCACAAUGUUUGCAUGAUGCAGUGAAGCAAUGUCGACUCUCAGGGGUGCCACCUCUUCGAUGGGCACCGUUCAUACAUAUGGGGCGGUGAAGAGAGCAUGUUACUAAUGAUUUCUGAUCGUUUUCCACUUCGAGUUCAUGUAUAUACUGUAUAGUACG